AUGGAUUCAGACGCAAUGCGACACCUCCGAGGCCCAUCUGGGAUAACAAAAACAAAUAGACGAGGUCGUCGACCCGGCAAAAUAGCCUGCACAGCCUGCCACGCCCGCAAAAAGCGAUGCGACAUCGCUCCGCCAUAUAAUCAGUGCACGCACUGUCGCAAAGAAGAGCAAUGCUGCAUUCCACGAGAUUCAAUUGACAGGUAUGUGAAGCGAAAAAAAUGUACAGAUACUAGCAAGACUUACAGGACUGUUCCAAGACCUAUCCGGCGACAAAUGCCCAACCGCAACCACAACAGCCGAAGGGCUAGUAGUAACCACGAACACCAAUUCCAGGUCAACGGCUUUUUGUCAAAGGGAAUCGAUCACGAGAUACCACGCUGGAGUGCGGUGUAUUCGUUCUAUUCGGAGAUUCGCCGGCUACUGCCUUCUCUCACUCCCGCUUCUACUUCCCCGUCCCCUUCGCCCAAGAUUGAAGGAGAGAUUGCAUACAUGCAAACUGCACCGAAUGAGAGAAAGCAGGAUACGUCUUCAUCAGGGGAAUCUUCGAGGCGCCCUCAGUCUGAUGUUUUAUCUAGAGAUUGUGCGGAGGCGACUUCUAUAAAGGGGAUUAGCAUACCUGCGUCGGAGUCUCAGUCUCGGUCUCCGGUGCCCGUGGAUAAGAGGGUUCGUUUUGAGAAGACGUUAGCUUACGAAGCUGAGAUUCUGCAUGGGGGCCUUGCUUCAGCGGGGGGAGUGAGAGUUCCAACUGGUGGGAACUCUGGUUCUGCCUAUGAUGUUUUUAUGAAUGAUCUCGAUGCAUUGCUUAGAUUCUGA